UGAAAGCAGCAGGGAAGGGUGGGAAUUAGACAGCAGAAAGAACUUCCUAAUAAGGCAGUGAGAUGCUGGCCUGGGGGGAACAGGGAGAACUUAUGGGAUCUUCAGUGAAUCCAACCAAGAGAGAGGUACCAACCAGGGUUUGGAACCCUGAGUGCAGAGGUUCUGGACUGUAUUCUGUUUGGGGCUCAGAAGUGUUUGUCUUGUUGACCCAAAUACCGUUUCUGGUUUCUAUGGAGACAGUCGGUCUGACAUCACCCUGGUUGCCAUAGUGCCUGCUUCUGGAGGACCUGAGCAGGCUAUACACAGCCAGGGGUAAACAGGGACUUUAGCCCAAGCUGCUGCCACUUCCUUCCUGCUGCCACCUGUUAAGAGUCACAUGCAGCAACUGGGGAUGGGGAGAUGAUGACAGAGUAGCGAGGGUGGGGCCUGAGACCAGAAGGCAGCAAUGUAAUGGUUCUGUGGAUGCCGUAGAGGCUGGCCAGGGGUGUCCUGCUGGACUGUGGUGUGGGGAAGUCAUUGCAGCCUUUCUUCUAUCUCCUUGUGGGAUGAGUGCCUGUCUCUGGGAGGCACUGUGUAGGACUCCCACGGUGUCCUGCUGAAAGGGGGAAGUGUAGUGGUUUCCCAAAGUAGAACUGCCUCGCUUCUUCCCCAGCCUUACUUCCUCUCCCCAGGAUUUCCUUUCAGGAUCCUUUUCCACUUACCAUCCUUCUAGCCCCUCAGCAAGCAGUCAUGUAGCCUCUAAAGGAUCACACUCCAAGACCAGGGGCUCAGCUCAUCUCCCCCUCAGCUUUAUGCCAGGUCCUGGUUGCCAGCCCGGGGCGAUAAUGUUGGUCACGGAGGGAGGGGUAGGUCCUUCUCUUCUAAUCCUGCUUUGUGUCAGGCUUUUGAAGCUGGAGUGAUUUCCCACCCCUACUCCACCAUGUCAGAGCAGAUUAGCAGGAAAUAGGACCACAACCCUGGUUGUUGUCCGUGCGUUGCAAAUGGUAAAGUGCUUUCUGUAUACAUGGUAGUUGCCACAAAUCCCUUUUCCUAGUCACCUUCAAGUUUCCUCAGAUGAAACGCUGGAGUUUGCUAAGAAGGGAAACAAGAAUGGAGAGUGACAAGGACAUUUACCAGAGGCACAUUCAGAUGGAUGUGGCAGCCUCAGCAGCUGCGGGAACCUCAGCAGUGAUGGCCUCUUGCCCAGACUCGGACAAUAGCUGGGUGCUUGCCGGCUCAGAGAGCCUGCCUGUGGAGACCUUGGGCCCUGAAUCUGAGAUGGACCCAGAAUCUGAGAGAGCUCCCCGGGCCCCUCGGAGCCCCUCCAAGGCAGCUGCUGAGGAAUCAGCUGAGACUUUGAAUGGAGGAGAGACUGUGUCCCAGGGUGAGAGCUCCCAAUCUGGGUCCAUCCUGUCAGAGGAGGCUGAGGCCAAGCAGGGUGUCCUGGAAGGUGAUGACCCUGGAAUGGAGACCUCUGGCCCAGGAGACACAGAGGCCCGGGGAGACCUGGAGGAGACCCCUGAGGUGGUAGGCCUGGAACCGGACUCGCAGGACCUGGAGGAUCAGAGUCCCCCCCGCAGCCUGCCUUCAUCCCCCAACACAGCUCAGAUCAGGGAGGAGGCCCACCGCUCCAGCACCGAGGAGGACGACACCAAUGUGGAUGUGGAGGGUCUGCGGAGACGGCGGGGCCGGGAGCCCGGCACUCCUCAGCCCGCGGCCACCCUGGGUGUGGAGAGCCAGGGCCAGGGCGAAGGUGCAGGCGGGGAGCUGGGCAUCUCCCUCAACAUGUGUCUCCUCGGGUCCCUGGUUCUGCUGGGCCUGGGGAUCCUCCUCUUUGGUGGCCUCUCAGAGUCUGAAAGUGGGCCCCUGGAGGGAGUAGACCUGCAGGUCUUGCCAGAUCCGGAGUCUGAUGCUGAGAUGCUGGAGGCUGUGGGGGAUGGGCAGGAUGGACUACAGCAGCUACAGACCUCAGAGCUCCUGGACAGUGUGCCCAGCCUGCAGAACAUGGCCCUUCUGCUGGAUAAGCUGGCCAAGGAGAACCAGGACAUCCGACUACUGCAGGCCCAGCUGCAGGCCCAGAAGGAAGAGCUUCAGAGCCUGAUGCAUCAGCCCAAAGGGCUAGAAGAGGAGAAUGCCCGGCUCCGAGGGGCCCUCCAGCAGGGCGAGGCCUCCCAGCGGGCCCUGGAGUCAGAGCUGCAGCAGCUGCGGGCCCAGCUUCAGGGACUGGAGGCUGACUGCGUCCAGGGUGCAGAUGGGCUAUGUCUCCAUUGGGGCAGAGGCCCGCAGGCUGGCAAGGUCACCAAGGAGCAAGGCGCUACAGGGCCGGAGCCAAGCCCUGGAUUCCUGGAGCAAAAGAAACAGCUAGAGGCUGAGGCCCAGGCAUUAAGGCAAGAGUUGGAGCGGCAGCGGCGGCUGCUGGGGUCUGUGCAGCAGGACCUGGAACGGAGCUUGAGGGAUGCGGGCCGAGGGGAUCCAGCCCAGGCUGGCCUGGCUGAGUUGGGUCACAGGCUGGCCCAGAAGCUGCGGGGCCUGGAGGACUGGGGCCAGCGCCCUGGGGUCCCUGCCAAUGUCUCAGAGGCCUGGCAUCAGAAGCCUCACUUCCAGAAUUCCAGGGAGCGGAGUGGGAAGGAAAAGUGGUGGGAUAGGCAAGGGGACUGGAAGACCGAGCACCGGAAACAUAAGAAGGAGGUAUCUGGCCGGGAGAAGAGCUGGCGGGGUGAGGAGGACAGGGAGCGGGUGGGGAGGUGGAAGGAGGGCAAGCCAAGGGUGGAGGAGUGGGCCAGCAAGAAGGAUGGCAAGCGACAGCGUUCCAAGGAGCCCCCCAGGAAAAGUGGGAGCUCCCACCCCUCCGGAGAAAGGCAGAAACACCCUCGGUGGAAGGAAGGAGCUAAAGACAGGCAUGACCCCCUGCCACUCUGGGCAGAGCUGUCCGAGCACAAGUACCAGGCACCCCAGGGCUGUUCAGGUGUCCAUGAGUGUGCCCGGCAGGAGGGCCUGGCCUUCUUUGGUGUAGAGCUAGCCCCCGUGCAGCAACGGGAGCUGGCCUCUCUGCUGAGGACGUACCUGGCGCGACUGCCUUGGGCCGGGCCACUGACCAAGGAGCUGCCCCUCUCUCCCACUUACUUCGGUGAGGAUGGUAUCUUCCGCCACGACCGCCUCCGCUUCCGUGACUUUGUAGACGCCUUGGAGGACAGCCUGGAGGAGGUGGCGGUGAGACAAACAGGUGACGAUGACGAGGUGGAUGACUUUGAGGAUUUCAUCUUCAGCCACUUCUUUGGAGACAAAGCACUGAAGAAGAGGUCUGGGAAGGACAAACAUUUGCAGAACUCCAGAGUUGUGGGGCCCAAGGAGGAGCACAGCCCCCACCGCAGGGGCUGAGGCCCCGCGUUAUCUGCCCCCUGGGAACCGUUAAACUGCCACCUCCCUCAGCUCGCUUGGUGUCAUUGGAUGGCCUUCACAGAGGAGAGUGGAGAUCACCGAGCCCUGCACUGAUAGCACUUCUGCUACAAAAAGGCCUUAGCUGGAGCUGCUUUGCUGUCUAUGCAAAUCAAUGCAAAUUCUUAGGGCCAUGACCCUUGCAGCCAGAUUGUGAAGGGGGGAUGAGAGACAAGCCUGUUUUUUAGGAGGGUAGGGUGGGGGUAAGAGGUAUGGGGCAGUUCAGAUUCUAAAGCCAGAGAGCUGGUGCGUGUGCGUGUGCGUGUGUGUGUGUUUGUGUGUGUCUGUAGGGGGGCCCCUUGGCUGCACACACUGACCCGUGUACCCUGGGAUUCUAUUCGCCCGGCUGGCUGGAGGCCCAGCAUGAAGGCUUUCCCUGGGGUUUUGUUAGACUUGGAAGGAGCUAUCCCUAGGGAAUCGAAGUCCCCUUUUUAGCCCUGCUCCUCACGUGGCCUCACCUCUGCUUGUGAACUGUAGACUCAGAUUCCAAUAAAAUUCUGUAGGAGCUGUGACAUUGGGUGGAGGCUCUGUCGCUUAGGGCUGUUUAUAAGCACAGGGGAAGCCCACACCCAUCACCUCAUAGGCACUGGUACUCACCUUCUCCCCUCCCCGUCACCUCAUCCUCCCCGCAAACCUCAGGCCCUCUGGGCUGGAACUCCCCAUUUUGCUCACAGCUGUCUUGGCUGCAUCCCUGGGAGAUGUAGAAAUAUGCAAGUGGGUUUUGGGCUCAAAUCCAGGUUGAGUGAUUUUGGGCAAAUCAAUCCCUGGGAACCUUGGGUUUCUAAUCCCCAAAAAGGGAGAUUGAAGGGCUGGGGACUCUUCGAGAAGGAUUGUAAAUAAAUCAAUGUAAACAAAA